AUGGAGGACGACUUGCUAAGUAUUGCAAAACCAAUUGUUUAUGAUGAAUCCAUUGCUCAUUAUGAAGUCCAUGCUCAUUUACCAUAUGCUUCAUCAACAUUCAAUAAUAGUGAUGAAAUUCGAAUUGCUGUUCAAAAUCAAGACCACUGUCUUUUACCAGGAAAAAGCUCACUUCAUAUACAAGGAAAAUUAACAAAAGAAAAUGGGACACCAGUCACCAAUACUAGGCUUAUCAUGAACGCCAUCUGUCAUUUAUUUGAGGAAGCUCGUUAUGAGCUAAAUGCUGUGGAAAUUGAUAAAAACAAAAAUGUCGAAAAUGCAGGUUGGUUUCCCACAUGUGAUGCAAAUACUCCAUUAGCUGAUAAUAAUGGUAAUUUUGAUAUUUCAAUUCCACUAAGCGUUAUUUUUGGUUUUGCUGAGGAUUAUCAAAAAAUUAUUGUAAACGCGAGACAUGAAUUAAUUUUAACAAGAUCGAGAAAUGAUGUUAAUGCAAUUUUGCAAACUGCUGAGGAACUUGUGAAAAUUUCCAUUGAUAAAAUUGAAUGGUUGUUACCUAAUGUACGCUUAUCUGAUGCACGAAAAUUCAAAUUGCUAAAAUACAUUGAAAAAGAUCCACUAAUUCCAAUUAGUUUUCAAACCUGGGAAUUAUAUGAAUAUCCUCUGCUACCAACAACCGCGAAUCAUGUGUGGACUGUUAAAACAUCAACGCAAUUAGAAAAACCUCGUUUUGUAAUUCUAGGCUUUCAAACAAACCGAAAAAAUGUAACAACGCGAAAUGCUAGUCACUUUGAUCAUUGUAGAAUUACAAAUGUUAAAUUAUUUUUAAACAAUCAGUGCUAUCCAUAUGGUAAUCUUAACCUUGAUUUAGAUAAAAAACAUUAUGCUGUACUGUAUGAAAUGUAUACAAACUUUCAAGCUAGUUACUAUGAUAAAGAAUGUCAACCAUAUUUAACGAAAGGUGAAUUUCUCGAUUUUGCACCAUUAAUAGUAAUUGACUGUUCAAAGCAAAAUGAAUCUCUAAAAUACGGCCCUGUUGACAUUCGACUUGAAUUUGAAGCGAAAGAAAAUUUUCCUAAUCAAACAUCUGCAUAUUGUCUCAUUUUGCAUGACAGAGUAGUAGAGUACAGACCAAUCAGUGGUGGAGUAAAAAAAAUCAUUUAA